ACGAAGAAUUAUCAUCAUGAACAUGAAAACUUGCUUUGCAUUUUUAGUUUGCGCAAUGAGUAUUGCCGCAAUAAACGCCACAACGCAUGCCCCAAUUCCUUUACAAAAUAAGUUGGAUUUGUCAAUUUACUAUAGUGCUCGUUCUACCGAUAGCAUAAAAUUCAUUUUAACAAAACUUAAGCCACUCUACUGCAAAAUACAAAAAUAUGUGGAAUUAAACUUGGUGCCUUUUGGCAAAGGUUAUAGUACAAAUAUUGGAUUCUUUUGCCAGAAUGGCCAUAUUGAAUGUCGUGCUAACACAAUACAUAACUGUGUGUUUGACAAAUUGUCUAGAAAUUCUACAGCUCAUAUGGAGUACUUGAGUUGUGCAUUAGAACACGUUGAUAAUACAAUACAUGUUGAAGAAAAGUGUGCUGGUCGUAUUGGACUCAGCAUAGAUGAAAUUCAAUCAUGUGCUACUAGCCGAGCGGGCUAUUUGCUAAUGCUAGAAGCUGAAAUACAAACUAAAGAUCAAACACAUGGACCUCGCUUUGUACCUUCAUAUGUAUUUGAUGAAUUUUACAACGAACGAGAUCAAAGACUCGCAAGCACAGAUUUUGAAUCAACACUUUGUGAAAAAUUAAUCAAAGACCACGGGUUUUCAAAUGCUUGCAGUAAGAUUAAUAAUGUUUUGAGAGUGAAUGAAGUUUGUUAAUUACUUAAA